CACAGUUGAAGCCCCACCAACACCCGCCAACCCGUUAAACAUCCACCAAACAUCCACCAAACAUCCACCUAUUUCAUAUCCAUCUCUCAUCUACUUCACAGCUAACUAAACCCUCUCGUCAGCGGCGCAUACAUUUUGUCACGUUGAAGGAGACACAGCCUUUCCUUCUAUAUACUACUUACCAUUUUGUUAUUUGAUGGCUGUUAAUAUUGUAUUUCGGACUGCUUUUACUCUAUCGAUCAAAUAUACUUACUAGAUCCUAAUAUUUACAACUUUCAGUUGCUGUUACUAUAUAUAUUAGGUAUCUAUUAAGCUAUCCGACCAAAUAUGAGUGUCGGUAGCAUUUUGAACCAGUUCGACGAAGGACUGAGUUCCAUCCUCAGUCAAUGGAAUGGCUACUCUACUGCUGUCAUUACAGCCUUCGCGCUAAUCAUCACAUAUUCAAUCAUGAACCGAGUAGAACCAGAGACCCAUCCUAUGCUUCUUGCUCGCCAGGCCUCCGGCUCCCCCGUUCGUAAUGAUGGAGAGUCGCCUGUCUACCGUGGUCAUUCGGCACCUCAUGGCAUGCCGCUUAAUAGUGGCUUGAACGUUAAGGAUCCCGGCGCAUCCAAAUGGGCUCCUGGCCGAGAUGGUGACCUGAGGGAUGUCUGGCGUAAAGCUGUCACUGGAACUUCCGAAGGUGACAGUCCUAAAACCAAGGGCCGCAUAUUUACCGUACUAGGCAGUGAGAGAGUCAUCGAGCAUAACCUCAACGAUAUUACUCGACAGAUCAAUCUUGUUGGACGCCAUAUCGCUUCCCAAGGCGGGAAGAAGGUCGCCAUCUACCUUCCCAACUCUGUUGAAUUCAUUGCGACUCUUUUUGCCUGUAGCUUCUACAACUUGACUGCUAUCCUGUUGCCUUUCGAUCAGCCCGCGGAUGUCGUCAUUUCGAUGCUCCAAAGAUCUGGUGCCGAUACGGUCGUAACCACUCCCGGCGCUUUCCCAUUCGAUGAUGCUGUCAAAAGCUACCCGGGCCUCCGUCAACUUAUCUGGGUCGUUGAUGAGGGCAACAAGCAUCUCGACUGGAAUGAGGUGCCCAAGGGUAUGGGCGGCAGUGUUAACGUCUCGACUUGGCAAGAUAUUCUCAACGAUAACCCUGUUACUGCCGGUACGGAACUGCCGGAAGCCGACCCCAAGACCGAAACCCAGGAUGUUAUUAUCUUCUGGCAAUCGAAGCCUGGCACACUCGAGGAAAUGGUCCGCUUCACUCAAAAGAACUUGGUUUCUGCCAUCUCGGCUCAACUGGCGGCAGUCCCGCAGAGGGAACGUUUCUCACCAGCUGACCUUUUCCUGCCAUCUUCUUCCCUCUCGGCUUCUUUCCCUCUGGUUCUGACCCUCGCGGCCCUGUACGCCAAUUCAUCGGUUGCCUUCAACUCUGUCGCAGGCAUCAGCCCUGACCUCGUCUUGGCCACUUCCGGUGUCGCUCCUACCGUCGUGGUUGCUACGCCGCAGACUCUCAAGAAGGUACAUGACGAAACCCUCACCAAGACUGGCGCCUCACUCUUCACGCGCCUUUCCCACUGGGUCCAGACACGCAGCCUCGUACAAAAUGGUGCCAUGCCCGCUGCAUCCUUCCUCGCAUCUUACAACGACUCACUACGCCCCGAGAUUGGAACCCCCUCCCCUGGCAAGCUCCGUCUCUUGUACGUUGCCGACCCAGUCGGCACUGAUGCACCCCGGCUUUCGGAGCAGACGCUCUCAAACUUACGUGUGUUUACUGGUGCCCGUGUUAUUUACGCCCUCGCCGCGCCCAGGGUGGCCGGCGCCGUGACACAGACUCAAUUCCACGACUACCGUGUUUCCGGCGACGGGUCCGGCGUACACUUCGGACCUCCCCUAAGCUCGACCGAGAUCUUGCUCCGCGAUACGCCUACUCACAAGGUCACGGAUUCGGAUUACACAGGUGACAUCGUCGUUCGUGGGCCUGCGGUUGCUGGAGGCGAAGCUGCGCUGGGUGUGGUGGGGACACUGAGGGUGGAUAACACGCUUUCCUACGCGUAAACUGAAAUCACUUGAGCGAUCCUCGUAUGUUUCUGUUGCUCUGAAAGCUGAGGUUUGGCGAUGAACGGACGACUUAGUGUUGAUUAGUGAUGGAUGAGUUUCGAUGUAUUGGUACUGACUCUUAUAUACUCUUGUUACAUAUCCGCGGUGGGGGAAAAAUAUGUUGAUUAAAAUACCUACCUGCCUACCUAUCCAUGUAUCAAAUAGGUAGGCAGGUAUGUAGGUACUUACUUACCUAGGUAGUUGAAAGAUUUAUGUUGGUUUGGUCGUGUCGGAGUGAGAAUCAAGAUAUAUAUCAAACCUACCUACUUAAGUACUUAAGAUACCUAGUCUUGACCAUCUGUAAUUUUACGAUAAUAUAGGCAGCGGUAGCUGAUCCAAC